AUGUGAGGGGUAGAAGAAACGAUGCAUGGGUUUCCUUUUCUCCCCAGGUCUAAGAGUUUACGAACUUUCAAAGGGAGACAGAGGUCAGUCUGAAACUCAGGUGCUGAGAGGUGUGCACUGUCGGAGACUUGUGUGUUGGGGCGCCCGGAGCGCAUCCCGGGGGCGCCCCCGGAGCCGGGCGUGUGCGUCCGGCAGCGGCCGGAGCCCAGGCCCCUCCCCGGAGCCGCUCGGGCGCCGGACUCUGCCCGGGGCGCGCCCUGCGGGGCGGAGCUCACUCUGGGGACCGCGGAGCCACGACCGCCCCGCGGAGCCGACCGGCUGGAGGCCCAGAGCCCAGGGCAGGAGCAGCUCCGGGACCUCCGCUCGCUGAGCGCCCUCCAAGAACCAGAAGCCACAUCUCACCCUUGUAUCCUCCUGUCAGCCCCUGGAUUUUGGUAGGAUGCUGCGCUGCGAUCAGUCUGAGACCUUCCUGGCACAGGAGGGGAACCUGGCCUCAAUGUGAUAGAGACACCCUUGAUCUCGGUGACAAAAAGAAGAACGUUUGAGUUUCAGCUCUGUUAGCUUUACUGUGAUCUUGGCUGGACUUCACAAUGACAACAGUAACAGUGACCCCGGCGGCGACCCUGAGGGGUAAGGUAGAAGACAGUUCUGCUCUGUGUGAGUCCACGUCAGCUCACAUCAUUGAAGAAACCGAAUACGUGAAAAAGAUUCGAACUACUCUGGAAAAGAUCCGAAAUCAAAUAUUUAAGGAUGAAAUAAGACAGAACAGGACAAAUUGCAAACUAGAUGCAAAGCGCAGUGGAAACAUUCAAAGUGGCUCUGGUUCUGAAAUGGAGCCCAGUUUGGACCCGCUUGUGGAAAAGAUAAAAGGAAAAGACCUACAGCUCUUAGAACUGAACAAAGAGAAUGAAUUAUUGAAAAUCAAGCUGGAAGCCUCCAGAGAAGCAGGAGCAGCGGCUCUGAGAAAUGUGGCCCAGAGGUUAUUUGAAAGCUACCAAACACAAUCUGAAGAAGUUAGACAGAAGCAUGAGGACAGUAAAUACUUACUCCAGGUUAACAAACUUGAAAAAGAACAGAAAUUGAAACAACGUGCUGAAAACCUGAAUGAAAUUGCUGAAAAGCUUGAAGAAAAACAUAGUCAAAUCACGGAACUGGAGAAUCUUGUACAGAGAAUGGAAAAGGAAAAGAGAACCCUGCUGGAAAAAAAACUGUCUUUGGAAAACAAGCUGCUGCAUCUCAAAUCCAACGCUGCUUAUGCUAAAAGUUGCCAGGAUCUUCAAAUGGAGAUUGCCCUCCUCCAGGAGCAGAUCUCUCAUCUGCAGUUCGUGAUUCACUCCCAGCACCAGCACCUGCGCGGCAUCAUCCAGGAGAUGGAAGAAUUAAAAAAUAAUGUAAAAGACCAAGAUAAAAGGAUUGAAAAUCUGAAAGAAAAAGUUAACAUACUGGAAGCUCAGAACAAAGAACUAAAAACCAAGGUGGCAAUUUGGUCUGAAACUCCCAGGACCAAGGUAUCUAAGGCUGUCUCUACAAGUGAACUGAAGACUGAAGGCACAACCCCCUACGUGAUGCUGGUUAGGCUACGGAGAUGAGCGGGCUGGCUGAAGAUUGGAACGAGAAAGACCACUCCUCUGUGGGACUUCUUUAUUUCUUGAAACAGUCUAAACUUAUGUAUUAAAAUGGCUCGAUGCCAAUAUUUAAUGGAAUUUAUUAUAUUGUAUUUAAUAUAUGCAUCGAUAGCUUUGCAGGAGGAUGACCUUUCAGAAAAGCAAACAAAUAUAUAAUCAAGGAAAGGAACUCUUUCUUCAAAGCUUACUAAGUGGAUAAAGAAACAGUUGCUUUCCUAUGAUGGAAGAUGAAUUUUGCUUUAAACUU